UGCAACCCAUAUGGGAGAAGAAACAAAAAACGAAGAUAAAAAUGGAACAAAAUUCUGUUUUGACUAACCAAUCUUAGAGCAGAAGGAAAAUCAAUUACCUGGGCCGUUAUACAGAUAAGUUGUCUUCUUCAUGAUCUUUCAUGCUUUAAUUUCGAGCGUCAUAAGAUAUCAACACCAGAUCUUACCGUCACCGGUUUCUUCAGAAAGCAAACACAGACAAGAUGGAUUAUGACACAGUUGUAGGAGGUGGUUCCCAGGAUGAUUUGAGCGAAGAACUGGAAAGUGUGGGAUGUUUGAUCGUUUUAAUCUUAACAGUCAUUGCUUAUUUCUGCUACAUUUUUGUUGGUGUUUGGCCAGGCAAUACUUCACGUAGAAAGAGGCGAUUAGGCAUUGAUGAAGCUACGCUAGAGGGAUUCCAGAAGCUUCUGUAUUCGCAGCAGAAUGAAGGGGAUUCCGCCAUUUCUUCAUCUUCAGGGUGUUGUAUUUGCUUAGCAGAGUAUAAGGAUGCUGAUAUUCUCAGGCUUUUACCUGAUUGUGGCCAUCUUUUCCACGUCAACUGCGUUGAUCAUUGGCUCAGGCUUCGCCCUACUUGCCCACUCUGUCGAAACUCUCCUCUCCCAUCUCCUAAACCAGAUGCCGAAAUGCACUAUGCGUUUCGUUUCUGCACAGACGACUCAAUUGGUUUUUAGUAAAAGACACACUUGAUAUGAUUUUGUACAGACAACUCAGUUGGUUUCACGCGUCGACAACUGAGUUGUGCAAGGUGUGAAGAUCGAAGUCGGGCUAGAGAAUUUUUAAUUUUUUCUUUGUGAGCAAGUUUAAAUGGUAUAUUUUGUGAGGUAAGCCUAUGAUCAUCAAUAACUUUCUUGGUGCUGCUGAUAAACUAGCUAGCUAGGUAGAAUAGAAUUCAAGUACAUUGGACUAGUUUAAUGAUAUGUAAA